GCUUUUACAGUACAAACAUUUCUACACAUGUAACAGAACACGCAUUUAUAUUAUUUAUAUAAAACGUACCGUUUCGGGAUCGUCGUAUUGUAUGCCAAAUGUUCGAAGAUCGGGUGCUAAUUUGCUUGUUUCCUUGAACGAACUUCCACUUUCCUUAUAAUCUCCACGUGCAAACUGCACAAAAAUAUAUAAUUUCCCACGCAGAUUGAAACUAGCGUUAUCAAGCACCUGCCUUGUGUUAUCAGCGAAUGUUCUUCACAAGAGGCUUUCAAACAUUAAGGAAAAUCUCGCAAAAUGCCCCCCAAUACGCGAGGAAAAGCUACGGUUCCGAAGAUGAUAAUCAGCAUAAAAACGAUGAUAAUGGCGCUGAAAAGGAGUUUGCCAGCCUUACGGUAAAAAUCGUCCAGAAGUGGUCUUUUAAGACCCGAAGUCACCGAAUCACAGGCAUGGCUGCUUCACACAUAAUUUUUUAUUACCAAGGACAUAAUAUUCCUCCCAACACGGACAACCCAAUGGAAGUGGUUUUUCGGCUUCAGCUUGCCCGUUUUUGGGCCGCAGGCCUUUUCGCAGAUGAUGUUCCAAUUCCAUUGGGAAACAGAAGGCUGGCAGUGAAAGUUAACCACGGAAGAGAGGAGGAAGCCCACUUCGCAGUUGAAGAGAUGAAUCGUCUCUACCUCCCACCGUAUAUGUAUGCAGCUUUAGGAGCGGUAAUGCCGGCACAUAUACCUGGUCAGGGUCCGCAGGGCGGUGGUGUUAAUCAGUUACUACCUUGGAAUUUCCCACCGCCCCCGGGCGGUUGGCAAAUCCCAAAUUUCCAUCUGCAGGGCCAACCGCCUGCGCAACCGCCUGCUGGACCUGGCGGAAAUAACAUACCUCCUGCACAACAUCAUGACGAGCCGGAAACUGUGCUGGACAAGCUCUUUGGGGUUUUGGCUCCAGGCCAUGGCUGUGAUCCCUAUAAGCUUCGCGAAUCCUUACCACUAAUUGUCGUUGUCCGUAAUUAUGUUCAGACGGUUCAGUACCGGCUACUGAUUGACGUUCACAUCGAUGGAAAAGUCCGCACUGAUCCCACUUUUCCCUCUGGUUUCAUGGCUCUUCAAUGUUUGUCCCAAGCUUUUGAUCUGACGGGGGAACGAUUGGAAGUGUUGAAGACGAAGACGAAAGUUUCUUCAGUGGAUAUCUCCACUUCUCAUCCCGAUGCAGUGCCGGCUGAGCCCAAGCCGGUACUGGAAUACGAACUGAAACGCACGCCUACUGCAUCGGCAGAGGAUAAGUACAGAGAGGAAGAGUUCAAAAAUAAAGGUAAUAAAUUUAUGAAGAACGGCCAAGUUGACGAGGCGCUACAGGCUUAUACAGAAGCUGUCACUUUGGAUCCCACAAAUCCGAUUCUGUACUGCAACAGAGCCGCCGCUUCUAGCAAAAAGAAUCAACAUGAUUUGGCUGCUAAGGACUGCGAAGUUGGCAUUGCAUUUGACGGCAACUUUGCAAAGGCAUACGGACGCUACGGUUUGGCCUUGAACGGCUCGGGACUGCUGAAGGAAGCCAAGGAUGUUCUGGAUAAGGCUGUCAGUGGGGAUCCCGAAGACCAGCUGUACAAGAACAGUCUGAAAUUGGUCGAAAAUGCCAUCAACGCAGCUGGCGGAGCCCACGCUGGACUGUCUGGCGGCAUGCCGGGAGCGGCGAGAGGUUUCCCUAACAUACCAGGGAUGCCGGGAAUGCCAGGUGGAAUGGGUGGUGGUGGAAUAUUUGACAUGCUGCAGAAUCAGGAAUUUCAACAAACGAUGAUGCAAAACCCACAAGUCCAACAAAUGGUGGGUCAGUUCUCCAACAUGUUCAUGAAUCAGAUGGCGGGUGCAGGCGGCGCGCCUGGCGGGGCAGCACCUCCAGGAAUGCCACCCGGUAUGCCGGACAUGGCGGAACUUCUCCGUGGAGGGAUGCCGGGGAUGGGCAAUAUGACGCCAGAGCAGAUUGCGGAGCAAAUGCGCGGAAUCUUCGGCGGACAACAGCCACCGGAUAGCCAGCCGGGUUCGCAGCCUAAACCAGAAGAUAAAGAUAAAAAUGACAAAGGUCCGGGUAGCGGUGCUGGCGGAAAUCCCAGUUAUUUCUCUUAAGCGAGGAUUGGUUCGUUCUGUUACCGGAAAAAUAAGUGGCAUGGCGUAUACACAUUUUUUGUCUUAAGUCUCUAGUAUUGGCCCAGGGUUGUAGACGGAAUUAAAUGGUUCUUGAACUGAAUCGAAUAAACAGCAAUCACGGAGUCGGUAUAGCGCACUGAGUGUCAUCACACGGGAACGGAAC